AUGACAGAGCGUGCCGGUGACCGCGCCAUCCGGGACUUCCGUAUGCGCCUAACUGACCACCUAUUGGCACGUUUCUUGGGUCUUGCAUAUGAGGGCGAUGAGCAUUCAUUCACCGAACAACAGCACCUUAAUCUGGAGAUCAGUCAAAACCGUAUGUAUGAGCACAGCAUCCUUCGGAUCAACUAUACCAGUUACGAUAUGCGACGUUCUCAAGAUUCUAUUAAUCCUCGGAUGCACCCAGACGUGAUGGUACUCUCCCAUGAUGAUGAUGCAGGGCCCAAUACGCAGCUUCAUCCAUAUUGGUACGCACGCGUACUAGGUAUAUUCCACGUAAUGGCGCGGUAUGUUGGACCGAACAGUCAGUCAUCGGAUAUGCUCCGAAUGGACUUUUUGUGGGUGCGAUGGUUUGGGUUGGACCCGGACAUGCGCACGGGAUGGCAGGCUAGGCGACUCCCCGCAGUAGGCUUCGUUCCAGAAACAGAUCCUGAUGCAUUUGGGUUCCUUGACCCACAAGAGGUUUUAAGAGGUGCUCACCUUAUUCCUGCAUUUCAUCAUGACCUCGCCGAGGGACUUUUGCACCCUAAUUCAUGUGCACGCCGCGCAGACGAGGCACAGGACUGGAGCCUCUUCAAUCCUAACAUGUAA